AUGUGUAGUGGCAAGUCCAACAGCCCUAUCGUUUGCCCCAAACACACAAAGGAAGGCCAGGAAAAAGAAGAAGACGUCGAAGACGAAGAAGAAGAAGAAGAAAAGAGUCUCAGCACCUUCUCACCGGCACUGCUACUACUACCACCACCACCACCACCACCCCACCCCGCAACAUCCCCACCGCCACUUGAUGCCCGCACCACAGCAAUGGUCGAGCAUGGCGCACACGAACCCCGCGACAUCUUCGCUGCCAACUCGAUAGCCGAAAUCCAUGCCGCCCUCGACCAGCUGCACACGCAAGAGGCCACGGUGACGCAGCGCCUCAAUGCCCUCAUCGCCGCCCAAAAGGACCUCUCCCGCCAUCUCGGCCGCCUCGACCUGCUCAGAGCCAAUCUCGGCACCCAAGCUGUCAACACGCGAGCCAUCAGCAAUGGCAUGCUCUCCGACGCCGCCUCGACUGCCAACCGCAUCUCGAGUGCUGUGCGCAGGCUGGACCAGGAGCAGACAAACGUCAAGGCGACACUCGAGGUGGUCGAGCAGGUGGCUGAGCUCAAGGCCUGCGUGCUCGGCGUCCAUGGCUCCAUGGGCGCCCCGCAGGACUGGGAAACGGCUGCGGGGUACCUCAGUCGCGCCUCCAAGAUACCAGCAGAUGUCAUCGACGGCAGUUUUGCAGAGGAAAUCGUGCCUACCGCCGAAGUCCCCGAUCCGCCACGGGUGACUCUGGACGCUGCAGCCGAGUCGUUGUGUGGACUGUUUCUGCGCGAAUUCGACAAGGCCGCCAAAGAGGGCGACGGCUCCAAGGUCACGCGCUUCUUCAAGCUGUUCCCCUUGAUUGGACGAACAGACGUGGGAUUGGAUGCCUAUGGGAGAUAUGUCUGCCAGGGUGUUGCUUCGAGGGCGCGCGCAAACUUCAACUCGCCUGCACCGGCACAGCGGAACGAGGGCUUCUUCUACGGCAACACCAUCACCAAACUGUUCGAGCACAUUGCCCAAAUCGUCGACGGCCAUGAGCCGCUGGUGGAGCGCCACUAUGGCCCGGGCAUGAUGCAAAAGGUCAUUGAGCGACUACAGAUCGAAGCUGACGUGCAAGGUGGCAUCAUACUCGACACGUGGCGUGAAGAGCGAAACAUUGACCGCAAGCUCACCGAGAUCAAGUCGUACGCCUUUUCAUUUCUAGUCCAAAGCUUCCUCCCGGCCCAGAAACCUGGGACUGGCACGCCUCGAUCGAGCUCUCCGGCCAAUGGCGCUCCACGUUCCAGCGAAGACGAGGGUGUCAAUAUGAAGGAGGUGGACGGCUUGCUGGGAGAAAGUGCGCUAAUACUAGGCCGAUAUGCCCUGUACUCGCGCUUCCUCUCCGACAAAUGCGCGCCUUUUGAACCUGAAGAUCGUGUCGAUCAUGGCCUAGUCAUGCCUCAUUUCUUGGCAACUAGCAAUUUACACAAGAAGGUGACAAGCCAUCUUGUUGAGCCUGUCAACGUCAUGUCCACCUUUUUCUUCAGACGAUCCGUCGAGAAGGCUUUCCAGCUUGAUGAGGCACCCUCUGACUUGACGCUCCACCCCACCAAGCCUCUUGGCUCAAAUCCCCCAUUCAUCACCUCCGCUGUUGACGACGUCAUGUAUAUUGUCAACCAAGUGCUCCAGAGAACUCUAGCAACAUCUCAGCGCGCAGUCGUCUCCAGCGUCGUGCCAAUGGUGAGUCAGAUCUUGGGUACGGACUUCAUUGGCAUGAUCCAGCGCAAGAUGCGGGACGAGAGCUAUCCCAAGCCCGUUAUUCAGGGUGGACUUCCACCAGAGGACAAAGUCAUUGCCUUUUUGGUUCUGAUCAACAACCUUGACGUCGCGAAUGACUACAUUAGGCGAAUUGUACAGCAACAGCUUGGUGGCUCACCAGAGGGUAGCAAUGGUCACCAGGUUUCGAAGUCGCAGCUCCACGAUCUCUUUCCCUUUGGCCAUGAUGCCACGUUCGUCGAGAACACUUUGAAGGCUAUGGAAAGAUCCUUUGCCUCGAAGAGUGGCGACCUUCUCAAUGAUGGCAUCACCGUGCUCUUUAACAACGUCCUCAAGCCUCGUAUCAAACCGUUACUAGCGGAAGCGUUUCGCGACGUCGACUAUGCGCCGGAAGAAGACGAUGAUCUCGAGGACGAGCGGGAAGAAGAAGAUGCUGAUCUUGUAAAGUCACGCUUUGACCGUGGCUGGGGUACAGUGAUUCGUCCCAUCAAGCGCAUUUUGACCUCUGCAAACUUUGACCGUUUGCUCACUCUUGCGCUAAACUAUCUCGCAUCCGCAUUAGAUCGGCGCAUCCGGAGUUAUUACGGCAGAGUGAAUGAGCUUGGAGCUGUAAGACUCGAACGUGAUAUCGCGGGCAUCGUCACAGCAGCCGUUGCUGGCGGCAAGUAUGGUUUGCGCGAUGCCUUUACAAAGUGCACACAAAUGACGCUCAUCAUGAACAUGGAAGACGAUGAAUGGGAUGAGGUUGCAAAUGACACUUCAGGCGAGUCCGGCAUCCCAUGGGUCAUGGAUGCCGAGGAGCGGAAGCGCGUCCGAGCCAUCGUGAAGGGGGGAUAA